AUACUCAUGGAUUUUAAAGGAAUGGCCUUAGAAAUAGUUUGUAAACCCCUUGAUUCCAAGGAUGACGGCAAGGACUCCUUUGUCAUACUGUCUGCAGUUCUGUUCCACAGUUGAUAAUAUUCUUGAGUAGCCACUGCUUUUUCAUCUCCAGUUGUGAUGAUCUCAUGGAAACAUCCAAUCAGGGAUCAGGUAGGAUCAAGGUACCUAGGGAUGGGUGAAUAUGGAACAAGCCAGGAUCCUCUUUAAACUCUGUUCCUUUGUUCUGCACACUAUAACCAUCAUCCAAGGCUGUAUGUUUCACCACAUAUAACACUCCAAUAAACACCCUGUGACUGUUUUAAUUUUAUCAUCGCAAAUACUUGAGCCUUGAAAUGUAACCUUUCAAAUGAGAGAUGUUUUCCCCCAACCUCCCUGUCAGUCGGAGAAGGGAGCUGAAGGGGUCUGAAGAAGAGGAGACUGCGGAAGUGGAUAAUUACUCCGCACAGCACGUGGCCAGCAGCCUCCUGCUACAAUAUUUACGUCCUGUUCCAUUGAGAUGGCACUGUCUGCUCACAUGACCCAAAUGCGGCUCUCACUCCACCAAGAGCACAGCUGAAUGCAAACUGCAUUGGCAGCUCUGCACAUGCUCUGUCUGGCCCGUGAAUCCUCACUCACCCAUUGAGGUUUCUGUUGGUUUAAAGCGACAUUCCAGCUGCAGAAGCUCGGUGACCUGCUGUGUGUUCCCAGCCCAGAUCCAAGAGACCUGGAUGCUUUUUGCCAGUCUGAUGAUAAAUGAUGAGACAGACAACAAUGGAUUUCAGCACCCCAUCUGUGUUUGAUCAGCAAAGAGGUGACUCAUCUGAGGAAGUCGACCUGACUAUGGUUUAUCAGGCAGCAUCUAAUGGAGAUGUCAAUGCUCUGACUGCAGUGAUUCGGGAAGACCCUGCCAUCCUAGAAUGCUGUGACAGUGAAGGAUGUACGCCCUUGAUGCAUGCGGUUUCUGGACGGCAAGUGGACACAGUGAAGCUGCUGCUGAAGAUGGGAGCCAAUAUCAACAUGCAGGAUGCUUACGGCCGCACGAGUUUAUGCCUGGCCACCUACUUGGGUUGGCUCGAAGGAUGUGUGAGUCUACUCAGAAAUGGUGCCAAGCACAAUAUCCCAGAUAAAAAUGGCCGUCUGCCACUGCAUGCUGCCACUGCCGAGCCCGACGUGAGGCUUCUGACAGUCCUGUUGCAACAGUCGAGCCUCAGUGAGGUUAAUCACCAGGACAGUGAGGGAAUGACACCGCUCCACUGGGCAGCUUUCCACAACCAGCCUCAACACGCCCAAGUGCUGUUGAAGAAGGGAGCAGACCCCACCCUUGUGGAUAAAGACUUUAAAACGGCUCUCCACUGGGCAGUCCAGAGUGGAAAUAGAAUUCUGUGUUCCGUCAUUCUGAGCCAUCACCAGGGGCCGUCCAUAAUCAACUAUGACGAUGAGAGUGGGAAGACGUGCGUGCACAUCGCGGCAGCAGCGGGUUUCAGCGACAUUAUUAACGAACUGGCAAGAGUUCCCGAGUGUAACCUCCAGGCUCUGGAUGUGGAUGACAGGACCCCUCUGCACUGGGCUGCAGCCGCAGGGAAGGAAGAAUGUGUCCAGUCACUGCUGGAGUUGGGCAUGGACAGCAACCUGCGGGACAUCAAUGAGAGCACGCCACUGGCCUACGCCCUGUAUUGCGGCCACACGGCGUGUGUCAAACUCCUCUCCCAAGAGAGCAGAGUACAGCCUGCUCGACCCCUUCCCUCCCAGAACAGUCGACCCCAGAAGAAGGAGGGACGGUUCAGCAUGCUCAACCAAAUCUUCUGCAAAAACAAGAAAGAAGAGCAAAGAGCCCAUCAGAAGGAUCACAGCUGGGACCGACACAGGGGGGACGACACCUCGGAAGUUGAUGACAUCAUCACUACCUUUGACAGCAUCGUGGGUACCAACUGCCAAGAACAGCCUGGUGAACAGGUGGCUAUGGUUGAAUUUAAGAAGAGGACCUCAGAGAAUUCAAAAUAUCUCUUGCCAGAAAAGAAACCGCUGGCCCGUAAGGGGCUUCCACCAAUCAGAACGCAGAGUCUCCCACCCAUCACCCUGGGCAAUAACUUCCUGACAGCCUCCCACGGGGCCACUUCCCACGCAGGCCUGAGCUCUGGUCCUCACCCUACCGCACAGCAAUCUCAGAAAAGCCGAAGUGAGCAGGAUUUAUUAAAUAACAGAACUAGCUGCCAAGUGUUGCUAGAGAACCACUGGAGGAGUGAUCCUAAUCAGGUGUUCUACAAAUCUUGGACUGUGUCUUCUACUGAUAAGCUGCUAGACAGGUUACUCGCUGGCCGGCCCGGUCACCAGGAAGUCUUGGUGCCACCACACCUUCCUCAUCUACAUAGUCCAUCAUCAGGUAGGCCUGAUCCUGUGACCCCCUGAUCCUGUGACCCAUCAGAGGCUUUGCAGCUUUCCAGGACAAAGGACAAAGGCCUAAACUGGACAAACAAAGCCCUCACGGCAUGGUCUGACCUCAGCUACCCGUUCUCAGCUUCCGUAACUCCCAUCUCACAUCCCCAGCCCCAGCCCCGUCAGUAGUUCCUUAAAUAUCUCUCGGUUCCUUGAUAACCCCACACCUUUUCACUCUGUGACAUCUUUGCCCUUGUUAUUAUUUUGGGUUCUCUCCAUUGUCUGCUGACAGAUUUCUAUAAUUCUAUAAGAAUCAGCUUAAAACUCACCCUGUAUGCUAAGAUCACCCUGAUCUGUAGGGGGUGUGCUCUUUCUUACCACUCACAGUAAGAAUAGCUCUACCUCACUGAGCCACCUCCCCUGGGGCAGACAAUGGCCUACACACUUCCCUUUCCACAACAUUGCAGGAGAGGGGGUUUUAUCCCCACUUUAUAGAUGAAGAAAUUGAGAUAGGCUAUUUCACCUGCCUAAGGCCACUGAGCUAGCUAGGAGGUGGCAGAGCCGACAUUCAAGCAAGGUCGGUGGGAUCCAAGAACACCUCAGUCUCCUGGACCCCUCCUUCAUCUGCAACGCCCUCACAAACUCUAGCACAAACUGGAACACACUCAUGGGGCUUCAAAACAACAAGGCUGCCUGCCUCUCCUCCCACAUAGAUUAUAAGUUGCCCCAAGCACUUUGCCUUCUCCUCUUUGUACCCUAGGCUCUAGAAUACAGUGGGUGCUCAA